CCCAUCAAAGAUUUUUUAUUCCUUUAAUGGGUUUUGGGGGGACAUGGGUUGUGUCAGCUCCAAGCAGGCCAGAGCCCAUUCUCCGCCCCCACGACGCAAUUCUUCUCUAACAACUCCUGUUAUUAUUAAUGCUGAUAUUACUGAACACAAUGUGCACCAUGUCAAGGCUGGAUUUGCACCUCUGGAGAAGAUCAAAGAGGAACCCGAAAAGGAGAAGAAGACCGAAUCGUUAAUCCAACGAAGCUCCUCCAAUUCUAAGGCUUCGAAAAAGGGAAAUUCGGAUAAAAAGGCUAAUUUUAGUAUCAAAUUUGGAAGGCUAAAUGAAGGAGAACAUUUGGCUGCAGGAUGGCCUGUUUGGCUAACCGCCAUUGCCUCUGAAGCUAUUGAGGGAUGGAUGCCCCUUAAAUCAGAUGCCUUUCAGAAAUUAGAAAAGAUUGGACAAGGGACAUACAGCAGUGUUUAUUGUGCACGUGAUGUCGAAACUGGUAAAAUGGUUGCCCUGAAGAAGGUGAAAUUUGACAAUUUCCAGCCAGAAAGUGUCAGAUUUAUGGCUCGAGAAAUAACAGUUCUACGCAAACUUGACCAUCCAAAUGUCAUGAAGCUGUUGGGAAUAGUUACUUCUCGGUUAUCAUGCUGCAUAUACCUUGUUUUUGAAUACAUGGAACAUGACCUCUCUGGACUGUUGUCAUGUCCUGAUGUCAAGUUCACCGAUUCACAGAUUAAAUACUAUAUGCAGCAGCUGUUGAGUGGACUAGAGCAUUGUCAUUCCCGAGGUAUAAUGCAUCGGGAUAUUAAAGCUUCCAAUGUUUUGGUAAACAAUAAAGGAAUUUUAAAAAUAGCAGAUUUUGGUCUAGCAAAUUUCCUUAGUGCUAGGCACAAACAACCACUAACAAGCCGUGUGGUGACUUUAUGGUAUCGACCUCCUGAACUUCUCUUGGGAUCAACAAGUUAUGGGCUAACGGUGGAUUUGUGGAGUGCUGGUUGUGUUUUUGCAGAACUGUUCUUUGGGAGGCCUUUCUUAAAAGGGAGGACUGAGGUUGAACAAUUGCAUAAAAUCUUCAAACUAUGUGGUUCUCCAUCUGAGGAUUACUGGAAAAAAUCUAGACUUCCACUAGCAACUAUUUUUAAACCUCAACAUCCUUAUGAGAGUGUGCUUCGAGAUAGAUGUAAAGAAUUACCAAAAACUGCUGUCAACCUUAUAGAAACGCUUCUUUCAAUUGAUCCUCAUAAACGUGGAGCUGCUUCAUCUGCUCUUGAUUCUGUGUAUUUCAAUACAAAGCCUUACGCAUGUACGCCGUCAAGUUUGCCUAAGUAUCCACCGAACAAGGAAAUUGAUGCAAAGUUCCGAGAAGAAGCAAGGAGAAAGAGGGCCAGUUCCACAGUGAGAGCAUCUGGAGCUUCAAGAAAUUCAAGAAAGGUGCAAAAGUCGCUUCAAGAAUCGAGAAACUUUGGCAUAGUCUCAACAGAGGAUGCUGAAGCUAAUAUCCAUAAUGCUCGUCGAAACAUUGGUGGUAGUGGCCAUAUUUCUAAAGGAAAAGGAGCUACUGUGGCACGCAUAUCAAUGAAACCAUCUUAUGAUACAGUGUCAGAGGCUUCUCAGACGACCGAAGAAUCUCAAGGAGAAAGCAUCCGAUCUCUCCCUGCGCAAACAGCUUCAAGUGGCACUGCAUGGGCCAAAAUGAGAACGCAAGAUUCUGCAGCCUCAAGGCCCCAUCCACAGGCCAACUCAAAAAGUCAAAAGUUGAUUGCCUUUGACACAUCUAGUGUACUACACUCAGCCGAUACCUUGGAUUUAAACAUGCCAGGUAAUAAUGACUUUUCGAGCAGGAUCAACAAUGAAGCCAGAGGCUGCAAUAAUGAUGCAAAGCAUUCUAUUAGCAGGCAAUACACUCAUCAUGAGCAACGAGAUUCUUUUGGAUCAUCUGAUAUACACCAGUCUCAGGAGAUAUCAGAGGACUAUAAUGGCCGACAAAGAAGGGUUGUGUUCUCAGGACCAUUGAUACAUCAGAGGAGUGAUCCAAACCAGGAUUAUCAAACGCACCAAGAUGGUCGCAGAUCUCGGUUUUAUAAAGAUUUGUAAUGAGAGUGAUCUGGAAGUGCAUCCUGCAUCCCUUAGCCAGUGAAGUGACUCUGAAGAAAUGA